AUGGCUACAUACACUCAACAACAAAUAUCAUCGAGCAAUACUCCAGUCACUAGCAUCGCACAGGUCCCUACCUCGAAUUUAGCAGAGCAGCCCACUGCUUUCCUCCCAAGCUCAGCAAGUAGGAAAAUCUACCCAACUAUCUUCACUCUUCCACACGUCGGUAGAGAAAUACACUCACGAGAACUCAUUCCCGCACAAUCAAUCUUCAGAGCUGAGUCUUCUACUACCUGGAAUAACACCAGCCUCUACACUGACGAUUUUACAGCAUCCAACACCACCAACAAGACCGACAAAGACCCCGAAUACAGAAUCUCCAUCCUCAUCCAAAAACUAGCUGCAUUCUUCAAAAGCCUUCCCCCCAACCACCCCCGCGAACCCACCUUCCCCAGCUUCCUCCUCCCCUACAUCCCGGCACCCUCCUCUUACGCAUCCUCUUCCUGCUCCUCUGGCGAUGAAAGCGACAAAGAAUCCACUCGCCAGAAACAGAAGCAAAAGCAAAAGCAAAAAAGGUGCUGGGUAGGCCGCCCCCGAGGCGCAAUUUUACGACCAAGAGAUCGAUACUAUUCACGGGGACUGUGCGAUAAGCACGGGAGCGAAGUAUUGUUCUUGGAGAAUAUGCGGAUUCAUCAUGGGGCAAAAGGGGAGGAGGGUGAGAGGUGGCAUGCGUGGAGGUGUGGGUGA